AUGAUGAUCGGGCUGCAAAGCACUGAGGAUGGUGGCGGCGGCGGCGGCGGUGGUGGUUGUGGCCACACGGACAUACUGAGCACUGAGGAGCUGGAGUGUAAGAUCUGCUACUGCGCAUACAACCUCGGGAGUCGCAGGCCAAAGGUGCUCGAGUGUUGCCACCGUCUGUGCGCUAAGUGCCUCGCGAAGAUUCUGGAUCUGGGUGAGUCGCCUCCCAACGCCGUGGUGUGCCCGUUCUGCCGCUACAUCACCAGACUGCCAGGGGAGGCGGUGAGCAGUCUGCCAGAUGACUGCAACCUGGCGGCGGCACUGGCCCUCCGAAGUAGGAAUCAGAGGAACCUCCACUUCCACCAAGAGGUGCCCACAGAGCUGCUCCUCAGCCCUAGGCGCCUGAGCUCGCUGAUGGGUAGCAAUGGGAUGUCCGCUUCCCCUGCCUCCUCCACUUCUUCCCCUACUACCUACUCCUCCAUCCGAGGCUCCCCUAACUUUGUGGUCAUCACCAUCAUGGAGCCUCCGCCGGCACCUUCCUCAAACCAGGACCUCCCCCACCAGCCACAUGGAUCUCACACAUCAAACCGGGGCUACCGCUCAUCCAGUCUCGACUCCAUGGCGUCCAUCACGCAGAGGUGGACGGUGUGGAACUGCGCGGCCCUCCUGUGCCAGACCUCGGCCCGGGCGCUGGUGUGGGUGCUGGGGCUUCUGUACUUCAGCUCGCUGCCCAUGGGGGUUUACCUGCUCAUCAUGCAGAGGACAACGCUCGGGGUGCUGCUGGUGAGCCUGGUUCCGGCCAGCCUCGUCAUGAUCAUGGUCUACGGAUUCUGCCAGUGUAUCUGCCAUGAAUUCUGGGACUGCAUGCCACCAUAA